AUGCAUCACAGACCAGGACCAGAGAAGAGACUUUGACGGAUCACUACUAGUCACGUUUGAACGCAAAUGAGAUAAUCAAUCAUGUCCACUUCAGAAUCACAACAUCCAGCCAAUGGGCAAGGGCAACAUAGCAAUGCGCCUUCUUCUUCCUCUUCUUCUGGACAGCAAAAUGGAACAUCUAGCAGAGCAGCAAGCAGACCAAGCAGCUCAGCAGGACAAGAUCAACAACAUGGUUCUUCUUCUUCGUCUUCACGAAAAGGACAAAAUCGAUCAAACAAAGCACCAAUAAAGAUUGGUCAAUAUACUAUCCAACAAACUCUAGGAGCAGGAAGCUUUGGAAAAGUGAAAUUGGCAACGCAUUCGUUAACAGGACAUAGAGUUGCGAUGAAGAUCAUCAAUCGUAGAAAGAUUUCAUCUUUGGAUAUGGGUGGAAGGGUAAAGAGAGAAAUUCAAUAUCUCAAAUUAUUACGUCAUCCUCAUAUCAUCAAACUGUAUGAAGUCAUCACUACGCCUUCUGAUAUCAUCAUGGUGAUCGAAUAUGCCGGCGGUGAAUUAUUCCAAUAUAUCGUCGAACGCGGCAGAAUGUCAGAAGAUGAAGCAAGACGAUUCUUUCAACAGAUCAUCGCAGCGAUCGAAUACUGUCAUAGACACAAGAUCGUCCAUCGAGAUCUCAAACCUGAGAAUUUGCUAUUGGAUGACCAUUUAAACGUAAAGAUUGGUGACUUUGGCCUUUCAAACAUCAUGACUGACGGAGAUUUUCUCAAAACAAGUUGCGGAUCGCCCAAUUAUGCAGCGCCAGAAGUUAUUUCGGGAAAGCUAUAUGCAGGACCAGAGAUUGACAUCUGGAGCUGUGGUGUAAUCUUGUACGUGAUGUUGUGCGGUCGAUUACCCUUCGAUGAUGACUACAUUCCAACACUUUUCAAGAAGAUUAAUGGAGGUAUAUAUACCUUGCCUUCCUAUUUGACUCCUGAAGCAAAACAUCUACUAUCAAGUAUGCUCGUUGUGGAUCCGGUAAAGCGUAUCACCAUUUCAGAAAUUCGACAGCUACCCUGGUUCCAGAAAGAUUUGCCAAAAUACCUGCAGCCACUUCCCCCAACGCCAGCGGCAGAAACGGAUGGUUUCAAUUUUGGCAUGACAACCGAAGCGAAGGGAGAAAGUGAAAAGCGUGAAGAAAGCAAAGAUCAACGAGAUAGAGAAUUCAUUUCUGGCUUAGGAUAUAUUGAACCGGAGAUUGUGGCAGAAUUGACGGAAAAGAUGAUUGGAUUCGGUACAGAGGCAGUCCGACAGCAAUUGCUUGAACCUGGAGAGAAUCAGGUGAAAGUGGCAUAUCAAUUGGUUCGUGAUCAUAAACGAAUGUUACAAACGGCUCAUUUGGAUGAGAAUCAUGAUAUGGAAAGCUUUUUAGCUCAAAGUCCACCUCCAUGGAAUGCCGGAUUGGAAGAGAAUAUGUCACGCAGUACUAGCAUCCGUAGACCAACAGAUGCACAACCUGGCGUUCAAUCCACUCCCAUUAUCGAUGGCCUCGCUGAUGAGACUAUGAUGAGCGAACAUGAGAUGGGCAAUGUGACUGAUGAUUUGACAACUGAAGCAGGCCCUUCUGAAGAAGAGGAUAGCGCGACAGAUAUGGAUGACUUAUUUACGGAAGAUGAUGAUGGUUUAGAUUUGGACGGAACAGGCAAACCGAUCGGAGUGGGUAUUCUGGAACCAAGCAUUCCCGGUAUGCGACUUGACUUGAAGACGCCAAAAAGUGAAACUGUGCCUAUUCCAAUGGCAUCAUCUACGAAACGCGGAAGGAGUCGAUGGCACUUUGGUAUUCGAAGUAGAAGUCCUCCAAUGGAAAUCAUGUUGGAAUUGUAUAGAACUUUGCAAGUUUUAGGAAUGGAAUGGCGCGAAAAGCCUAAAGAUAGAGAAGCAAGAAUAGCAGCAGAGAAAGAAGCACUUUCAAAGCAAUCAAUGGAUGGGCAAAAUGGAGAAGAGAAUCCCGAUGAUGAAACAAAGCAUCACGCUGAAGAGAACAAAGAUGAACACAAAUCACGCUCACAUCACAACGGUAAGAACGGCAAGUCCAACGCACAAACCGAUCAAACGAAUGGAGAAGAAUUGUACUUUAUCGAAACACGCUGGAUCGUGAAUCAGAUUGUGGUUCGAAUGAAUUUGCAAUUGUAUAGAGUAGAUCAAGAUAAUUAUUUGGUCGAUUUUCGACAUGUAGGAUAUUCAAAUUUGGCUCCUAGGGCAUCAUUGACAGGAUCAGAAGGAAGAGCACCUUCGUCAGGCUUGGAUGAGAAAUCUUUGCAUGCUGCAUUAGAAACUGCUUAUCAACAAAGUGGAACGCCUUCCAUUACCGCUACACGCAGACAUACAUCAGUCAUUCCGGCAGAAGGACGUAAAGAUGUGAAUAGUCCAUUCUUAUUUUUGGAAUGUGCUACUCGUUUAAUUAUCGAAUUGGCUGGAGGUGGAUAA